AUGGAACAGUGGGCACAGAGAACCAGUGAAACAGUGGGUACAAAGGACCAGAGGAACAGUGGGUACAGAGAACAGUGGGCACAAAGGACUAGUGGAACAGUGGGCACAGUGGGCUCUGAGGACCAGUGGAACACUUUAAUUUUGAUACUGUAUACUUUUUCAAGGACACAUUGGCUUGCAGAAAUUGUCUCACGUAUUUACAACAAUGGUAACCUGUCGGAAAAGCGAGGUUUUCUCAUGGAAAGGGCACUGCACUCACACCAGCCGAAUUCUCUAAUUCCUGACCUCAGCGCCCUGCCAAGUCUCAGAAUUUUUAAGACACAUCUUUCUUACGAUGUCAUCCCGAAAUCACCCAACAAGGACACGGUUUGCAAAUACAUUUACAUUGCUCGAAAUCCAAAGGACAUUGCGGUAUCCUAUUAUUUCUUCUGGUCAGGCAUUUCAUUAUCAUGGCAUGGACCGUGGGAAGUUUUUGCUAAACUAUUCGUCAAAGGAAAUGGUGGGUUCUCGACGUUUGGGAUUCCUUGGAACCACUGGAAUGACCAUGUUCUGGGCUGGUGGAAGCACAAAGAUGACCCUAACGUCUUGUUUCUUAAAUGUGAAGAUAUCAAAAAGGAUCCACUCUCCCAUGUUCGAAUGAUCGCAGACUUCCUCAACAGGCCUCUCACUGAUGAUGUCAUCAGUCGCAUCGCUGAGCAGUGCAAUUUCAUUACGAUGAAGAAAGACCAUGAUGCAACUCUCACGGUUCCAUUCAGGGAUGGCCGAAAUGUGCCGAUUCUUCGGAAGGGCUUGGUCGGUGACUGGAAAAAUUACUUUACUCCGGAGUUGAAUGAGAGAUUUGACUGGGAAGUGCUUGCAAAAUUACAUGGAACUGGAUUAGAGUUUGAUUUUGAAAUAUAGGAUAAAGAACCACGACUGUAGCAGACAAAGGAUACCUCGGAUCAAAGAACAUGUAGUCGAUGCUUUAAAUCUCAAUGAAAGUAUAGUACUUGUUUGAUAUGCAGGACAUGAAGCACAGUCAUUUAAACUAAUCGUUUUCGAGAAAUGGAAAUUAUGUUUAGAGCCGCUUCUAGCUGCUUGAUUACCUUGUGAACUCAAGGAAAAAGGAAUUAUAAAUUUUAAAAUCCAUUUACCACAAAAAUUCAUAUGAAUGUUGACCAGUAGACCUUUUCGAGUCCGAAGAAAAAUUGCAAAAAAAUAGUUCUCUAGAAUAAUAUCACAUGACCUAAAACGGUAGACAUCACGUACAAGCUUAAGAGGUGUAACGCCAUGUUUACCUAUAUUGUAAACUCUUUAGUUGUGGUAUUACUACAGACAUUCCAUUUUCUUGUGAAUUCAUCUUUAUUUCCAAACUCCUUUUGGUCAUUGCUUCAUUCCAACAAACUGAGAAAUUUUGCCUCGUUUUGAUGCUUUUUCUAAUGACGAACUUUGCGUAAGGAGAAGCCUCACGGUUAAGUUCGCUCUUCACUCUUUUCUCUUCAAGCUCUCUUUGAAAACCAGCCAUAGACUUUAAUUCAGGUUUAUACAAAGAAACUCUAAAAAGUGGAUAGCAAAAAUAAAAUAAGGUAUACAACUGCA